AGAGCAUUUGUUUUCCCAUUAUAUAUACCCCAUGCACUCCUUUGCCAAUUCUUCAUCACAAAAAACAAAGAUUUACAAAAACAAAGGUUUGCUUUCCACGUUAAAAAAACAACAUGGAAUAUUUAAGGAAAACAAGUCAUUAUGUUCUUGUGCUACUGUUCGCGUUCUUAGCUUUAUUAGGGGCCGAAGCGGCUCGGAACCUCCGAGAUGACGGCGGCUGGAUAACGGUGAGCGGCGGCCACUUCGAGCUCAACGGCUCUCCUUACCUCUUCAACGGCUUCAACUCCUAUUGGAUGAUGCACGUUGCGUCCGACGUGGGAGAGAGGAACAAGGUCACCGAGGUUCUGCGUGAGGCCUCGGCGGCUGGCCUCUCCGUCUGUCGCACCUGGGCCUUCAGCGACGGAAACCGCUACAACGCCCUCCAAACGUCCCCCGGCGUCUACGACGAACGCGUUUUUCAGGGGCUUGAUUUUGUGAUAACGGAGGCGAGAAAAUACGGGGUCCGUUUGAUACUAAGUUUGGUGAACAAUUAUAACGAUUUUGGAGGAAAAGCACAAUACACGGAGUGGGCAAAGAAUAACGGAACGGAGAUCCACAGUGAGGACGAUUUCUACACUAAUCCCGUGCCCAAAGAGUAUUACAAGAACCAUGUCAAGAGAGUUAUAACAAGAGUCAACACCAUCACUGGGAUCGCGUAUAUGGACGACCCGACCAUCAUGGCAUGGGAACUCAUGAACGAGCCUCGCUGCGCCGCGGAUUACUCUGGGAAGACCGUAAACGAGUGGGUGGAAGAGAUGGCGGGGUACGUGAAAUCGCUGGACAAGAAGCACUUGCUAGAGAUAGGAAUGGAAGGUUUCUACGGAGACAGCAAGCCAGAAAGGCAGGAAUAUAAUCCCGGGUAUAGUGUUGGCACAGAUUACAUCACCAACCACAUGGUCCAAGACAUUGAUUUUGCCACCAUCCAUGCCUACACCGACCAAUGGGAAUCAGGGAAGAGUGAUGAGGAACAGAUGGCAUUCAUGGUCCGGUGGAUCUCAAGCCAUUGGCAAGACGCAGAGAACAUACUAAAGAAGCCAUUGGUCCUAGCCGAGUUCGGCAAGUCGAGUCACGACCCGGGCUACACCCUGACCGCCCGCGACACCUUCAUAACCAACGUGUACCGCGACGCAUACAACUUGGCCCACACGGGUGGGACCAUGGCUGGGGCCAUGAUCUGGCAGCUCAUGGCUGAGGGCAUGGAGGGAUGGGACGAUGGCUACUCCAUCGUCCUGGCUGAUUACCCAUCCACUGCUCGUAUCAUCGCUGGCCAGUCUUAUGUUAUGGCCAGCUUGUCUCAACACCUCUUCAGUCGCCCCCGUCCCCAUCCUUUCGGUCACGCCUACGACUGCAUCACCCACCCACGCCCUAUUCUCCGCCUCCCUCACAGCUCUCAUCGUCACCAAGGAAGAGCGGAAGCAUGAUGAUCGUAAUCAUUUUUACCUCCUUUGCCGACGAGCGCUUUUGACGUGACCCGAGCACCCAGGGUCACGUACAAUAUAUAACUAAUAAGCGUACUAGUUAUAAAUACUAUAAGUUCUGAGCUAAAUAGUACGGACUAUGUAACUUUUUCUUUAUGUCUUUUAUAAUACUCGUUGUACACUUCACAUUGAAUAAAACCUUAUAUUGAAUCAUCGUAUCAGCUUUUUUUUGAACUUCAUUCUAAGUCUUAGAUUUGAUAUCAUCACCAUGUACUUAGAAUGACGAUAUUCUAGCCUAAAAUCAAUCAACAAUAUUAAGAGUAAUUCGUAUUCUUAUAUAUCAAGAUUUUUUAGAUUUUCAAAGUAGGAACUCUUUUUGUGAACGGAGGGAGUAUGUUAUACUUUCUCUGUCUCAAUAAUUUUUUGACAGACAAAAAAAAUCACAGCUUAAAAAUGGAUAGUUUAUAAAUUACUCCCUCCGUCCCAUGAAACAUGGGACUUUUGCUUUUUAGGAGGGAUUUAAGGGGAGUGUAUUUUGGUAUUGAAUUUCCAAAAAUGUCCUUUGAUGUGAUGGGUAAAAGUAUGAUUUGAUGGAUAGAUUAUUAGUAAAAAGGUAUGAUGUGA